AUGGGGCAGGGGCAGGUGGCAGGGCAGAGUCUGACCGAUCCGAGCUCCGGGCUGCCGGCUGAGUUCGUGCGUUCUGGCUUAGCUGGCAUCCGGGGCAUGUCUAGCCCCUGCGGAGGGCUGGGGUUAGCUGUGCGCACGCCGGGCCAGGCACAGCCUGGUGCACCAACGCUGCAGCACCCCAGUGCUGAAACCAGCCCCCGGCAGGCGCUGACGCAAGACUUCCAAGGAAGUUUUCUAACGGUCCCGCGCCCCUCGGCGUCCGCGCCGGCGCCCCGCGCCCCCGCCCCGUGCCGCGCCCGGCAGAGCAGGCGGCGCCGGCGGGCGACGGGCGCGAUGGGGGCGGCGGAGCCGCUGCGCUCGGUGCUGUGGGUCAAGCGGCAGCGCUGCGCCGUGAGCCUGGACCCCGCGCGGGCGCUGCUGCGCUGGUGGCGGAGUCCGGGGCCCGGACCCGGCGCCCCCGGCGCGGAUGCUUGCUCUCUGCCUAUUUCUGAGAUUAUCACCGUGGAAGAAGCAGACACUCAUGGGAAACGGUCCAGCAGCGGAAAAUGGCAGAAGAUGGAAAAGCCCUUCGCUUUCACAGUGCACUGUGUGAAGCGAGCCCGCCGCCACCGCUGGAAGUGGGCGCAGGUCACUUUCUGCUGUGCCGAGGAGCCGCUGUGUCACCUGUGGCUGCACGCCCUCCAGGAGCUGCUGGGGAAGCUCACAUCGAGACCAAAGCAUUUACUGGUGUUUAUUAAUCCGUUCGGAGGGAAAGGACAAGGCAAGCGGAUCUAUGAAAGGAAAGUGGCACCGUUGUUUACAUUAGCCUCCAUCACCACCGAAAUAAUUGUUACUGAACGUGCAAACCAGGCCAAGGAGAGUUUAUAUGAGAUCAACAUUGACAAAUACGAUGGAAUCGUCUGCGUCGGUGGAGACGGCAUGUUCAGCGAGGUCUUACACGGCCUGAUCGGAAGGACACAGCAGAACGCCGGUGUGGACCAGAACCAGCCCAGGGCAGCGCUGGUGCCCAGCCCGCUCAGGAUUGGCAUCAUCCCUGCGGGGUCAACAGACUGUGUGUGUUUUUCGACAGUGGGCACAAACGAUGCGGAGACGUCCGCUCUGCACAUCAUCGUGGGGGACUCGUUGCCCAUGGACGUGUCCUCCGUGCAUCACAACAGCACGCUGCUGCGAUACUCCGUGUCCCUGCUGGGGUAUGGCUUCUACGGGGACAUCAUCAAGGACAGCGAGAAGAAGCGGUGGAUGGGUCUCAUCAGAUACGACUUCUCAGGUUUGAAGACCUUUCUCUCCCAUCACUGCUACGAGGGGACGGUGUCUUUCCUGCCAGCACGGCACACGGUGGGGUCUCCGAGGGACAGGAAGCCCUGCCGGGCAGGAUGCUUUGUGUGCAGACAGAGCAAGCAGCAGCUGGAGGAGGAGCAGAAGAAGUCGUUGUACGGCUUAGCGAACACGGAGGAGGUGGAGGAGUGGAAGGUGGUCUGCGGGAAGUUCCUGGCCAUCAACGCCACCAACAUGUCCUGUGCUUGUCCCCGGAGCCCCCGGGGCCUCUCCCCGGCCGCCCACUUGGGGGACGGGUCUUCCGACCUCAUCCUUAUCCGGAAAUGCUCCCGUUUCAACUUUCUGAGGUUUCUCGUCAGGCACACCAACCAGUACGACCAGUUUGACUUCGCUUUCGUGGAAGUUUAUCGAGUCAGGAAAUUCCAGUUUCUGUCGAAGCAGCCGGAGGACGAGGAAGGCGGCCUCAGGGAGCGGGGGAAGACGCGGUUCGGGCCCGUGUGCAGCGACACGCCCCCCUGCUGCGGCACCGCGUCCAACAGCUCCUGGAACUGCGACGGGGAGAUUCUGAGCAGCUCCUCCAUCGAGGUCAGGGUCCACUGCCAGCUCGUUCGCCUCUUUGCACGGGGCAUCGAGGAGGGUCCUAAGGAAGAACCGGACAGCUGAGCCGCCCUCCCGCAUCACCUGCCUUGCUGUGCUUGGGAAGCGUGAACAUUAUUUAAGAAAAUUUCUGCAGAACAAUUACAUUGAUACAUACAUUUAAAUUUAGAAAUUUAUUUUUGAUAGUUAGAUCUUGAUUUUAGA